AUGAACAAGACCUUGGUAUAUAAGUACUGCAACAACGUCCUACGAAGCGCCAAAUUACCACGACAAUCCAUACCCCUACCCGCAGCGAGCUUAUACUCAAUCAGACCCUACUCGACUCAGAAACCCAGCUCUGGUUACAGGAUGGUCAGCAACCGGCCGCCGAACGAGAUGGUCUACCUCCCGGGGAUACUCUCUCCAUCACGAUCCUUUGGGGUCUUCCGCAAGGUCAUCCAUACGGGUCUCUACUCCCAAUUUGUUGCAAUGGAAAUUCCCGUGAAUGGAGAAAUCGGCGACGAAAAACAUGCCGUCGACCAAGUCCUGCUCUUCACACACGGCACUGGCAAAGCCAUCGUGGCCGGAAAGGAGCAAGUCGUCAAACAGGGCGAUGUAGUAAUUGUGCCAGCGGGCACGCAGCACCAGUUCCUAAAUGUUGGUGACGUACCGCUGGAGGUCGUAACUAUUUAUUCUCCGGCUGAGCAUGAUCCGCGAACUGUCCAUGCGACGAAGGAAGAGGGGGAUAGACAGGAGGAAAAGGGUGAAGAUGAGCCGCCGCUGUGGAGUCAAAGAGGGAAGGAGGAGAAUGAGCGGUUGGGGAUUGUGAGGAUUGAGUAG